AGUCAACAAACAGAACAUCAACAAUACAAUACACGAGAUUAUGAUAAAUAAACCCACAAAUAAAACAUUAUCUUGUAAAACGAAAUUUAAAUAAAGAGUCUCCUCGCUAUUCCCUAAAGAUAAAGGAGGAGUUAGAAUACGGCUUCUUAUUGCUGAAACAUUCAUAUCAAGAUUAUUUUCGUUAUUUUCACUAUGUCCACCGCACAAUUCUGUGUAAGUUGGAUGUCUUAUAAAAACUCGAUUUCCAAAGGACUUUCCCGUUUACAACAGGAUGGUGAAUUCGUUGAUAUGACGUUAGCUGCUGAUGGCCAUCUCGUAAAAGUACAUCAAAAUAUUGUAGCACUUGCUAGUCCAUAUCUUAAAGCUAUGAUACAGUCAGCUCAGUGUCAACACCCAGUUGUAUUCUUCAAUAAUGUCAGUCAACAGAUGCUAAGUUUUGUAUUGGAAUAUAUGUAUACAGGGGAAGUGAACAUACCUACGGAUUUGAUAUCAGCAUUUAUUGAUGUCUGCAAAGCUUUAUGCAUAAAUGGCGUGGAAAAUUUAGUUUUGCCAAAGAAAGUAUGUUCCGAAUCAGCUGCAGCUCAAGCAACCUCAGUAGUUGAAGAAAGACCAGCAGAACCUCCGGAACCAGCGGACAAUAAUUUUGCAGCACAUAUAACAAUAAACAGCGAAAACUUUAAUGUAGAAGUUAUACCAGUUGAAAAAAAUACUGUUCAAGAAAAGACGCAGCCUGUUACAAUGCCCUUAAUUCCGCUAGAUAGUAUAGAAGUACUAAAUUAUCAACCUUUACCUACUACAAAAACAAUAGAAGAUAAAACUUCCAAUGAUCAAGGCGGUACAUGUCCUACUAUUUCACUUGAUGUCAUAGAUGUAGAUUUUGAUAAUCAUAAUGACUCACUUGAAAAUAGAGAAGAACAUCAAAAUAAAAACACUACUGACCCAAUUGAACAAGGAGUAAGGUUCACAAUAAGUACUGAAGAAAAUGCAACCACAAAACCGCCUAGUGUUAAAACUGUUGCACCUAGCAUAGGAAGUAGAGACAGAACUCAACAUUACACAGUGUCUAACCGUGGGUCUUUACAGCUAUUGCUGAAUCGUUUCAUGUAUUACUGCCAUCAUCACUCAUGUGGAGGUCGGAAGCGCCGGUGGCGAUGUGUAGAUUAUCGAAGAAUGCAUUGUCCAGCCUAUAUUGAUACAGAUAAUGAUGUUAUUGUAAAUAGGUCAGAAGCUCACAGCCACGCCUGCCACGACACAAAAAUAAUGAGGAAAUUUAAAUCUAAAUCUGUAUUUACUUCAAUAACCCAAGCUGAAGAAAAAGUAAAGUCAGACAAACAAAAAGCUCCAAAGGCAGCCAGAAGCAAGAAACGUGAAUUAUCCUUAUGGAAUACUGCUUCCACUUUGUAAUAAGUAUAUUGUGAAAAAGCAUUAUUAAAAUAUCACAAAAAAUUACUGCAG